GUAUAGCAUUGUGUAUUUAUAUGAACGAUGAACGCUACGUUUGAGAGGCGUCUGAGACAGGUCUCAGUAAAAAGACGGUUAGGAAAGACCAACACAUCAGCAAACAACGGUCGAACUGAUCUCAGAAACAAGUUAAACCUGACUGUACGAACACCUGAUGCGCGGACAUUGCUUCGUAAUCGUACCCGUCAACGUAAAUCAAUAUUUCGUGACGCUAGGAGUGUCUUGAGGUCGAGGAAUACGCCUCAUCCGCGCCGAAACCCUCGAGUUCCGUUCUUCAUUCCCGUAAGAACGAUUAAAAACGAACUUUAUGGAAUAAACCAUCUACAAAAUGCACGUAAACCACGUCCAACAUCUCUACGUCCAGGUAUUCCUGAUCUGCUCAGUUUGCCAUUGCCUCUUCCUAAUCCACUUGACUUUCUUAAUAACCCUACACCAACUACUGGGCUAUUUGCUAACUUACUGCCGUUUAAUGAAGUUCCAGUGUCUACUUCAUCAGGACCUAAAACUAGUCCAAUACAAGGUUUCCGCGUAGAGAUCCGUAAUCUUCAACCAUCCGUCACACUAGAUGACGUAUUCGAACUAUUUAGUAGUAUUGGAAGUUUACGCCUAUGUACUAUUACACGUCCUGGUCAAGCAGAAGUCGUAUAUAAUCAUUCUUCCGAUGCACUUGAAGCUAUUGAACGUUAUAAUGGUCGUGAAUUAGAUGGUCGUCCAAUGCGUGUCAGUCUUACUACACCAGUUAGUGAAUUACCCAGUGAACGUGACACUUCAGCUCGUAUGGCCUCAAGACUUGGACCUAAUUAUGGAAGAAAACAAACUGAAACACAAGCAAAACAAGUUAUUCGAGAAUCAAUGAAUAAAUCAGGUGUUCCAGUCGAAGUAGAUGCAGAUGUUGUCCGCAAAGCUUUAUUCAAUAUUAGUUCAUCUGGCAGUGUUCAAUCUAGACGACCUGUUGAUUUCAGUGUUAGUCUACGUUAAGAAAAAAAUACAUAUGCAAAAUCUAGACAUAUUACAUAGACGUAUUCUCCACUCGACCGCUCAUCAUCCAAACAUAUUGAUGUGUGUGCGCGCGUGUGUGUGUAUAACUAGAACGUGUUUGUUGAUUUGUUAAUUUGCUAAUAUAAUAAUAUGCUGGAUUCCCAAUUCCCUCACGUUGUUCUUUUUUUUAACGAUAAAUUUCAAUUCUCAUUCGUAACAAUUUUCUAAAUAAAUAUAUAGAUUAUGGCCUACGUUAAGACAAUUGUGUUCUUCUUUCUUGUUCUGGGAAAGAAAUACCUUCAAAAAUAAAUUUGUAACACUUUCUAGUGAUUUAUAUGUGGAAAUGAGAGAUUACAUGACUUUAUGUUGUGUUUUGUU